CCAAUGCAAGAUGGAGUUCGAAGAGCUGAAAAUUGAGAUACCGAUAGAGGAAGACGAAGAAGACGACAGUGAUGAAUUACAGUUACCUACCAAGAAGUACGAGAAUAAAGCCGGUAGUUUUGUKGUUGGKUUUGAUGUUAACUCAAAGGAGGCACAGGAAAAGCGUGCUAGGAGACAGAAAAGAUUUGGAAUUGUAGAAGAAGAGAAAGAGGAAAAUGGAGCUGAAGAGACAGGAGAGAAAGAAGAGACUUGCGUUGGUUUACCUAAAGACAUUCCAAAGAUCCCUCACGCUGAAGUUCGUUUGGAUGCACUAUUUGUUUAUGGGAUACAAGAUCUCCAUACCAAAGAUGUUUUUGAGUAUUUCCAAGAUUAUGGACCAGGGUCAAUAGAAUGGAUAGAUGAUUAUAGUUGUAAUGUUGUUUGGGAUGAUGAACAUUCAGCAGUCAGAGUUUUGGAUUCCAUGGGAAAAGAUCUAGACAUAUGUGAAAUGGUCUCUGUUGUAGAUACAAGCGAUACCAAUAAAUUAGUUUGGAAAGCAGGACCACCUUGUAAAAAGGCAGGCUGUAAAUUACUGAUGAGACAAGCAACAAAAAAAGACAAGAAACAAGCUGGCGCAGCUAAACGAAGCAUGUAUUAUCUUGUCCAUGGCCACCCAGACCAGUCACGAGGAAAUAGUGGAGUAAAAGGGCUUGUGAGUAAAUCAAGGAAAAGAAAGAUUAUGCAAGAACAAGAACGAGCAAGGCACAAGUCUUCUGGGGAGCCUGAUGUUGCUUUCAUUGACAAAAUAGAAACAGAAGAGGAAAAGAUGGAGGUUGACGAACCUSCUCUUAAGGUUGUGGUAAAGAACGAUAGGACAACUGAAGAAGUCUUUGAAGAUGACAUACCACAGAGACUGCGAAUGCGCAUGCAUGCAGACAGUCCAGAAAAAUCCAAGAUUAAAGACAGACUACAGGAAAGAUUGCAGCCUGAUAUAGAAAAUAAUCUCAAAACUUCAUCGGGUGAUUUGAGGGAAAGGUUAAAAAGCCGCCGAAAACAUGGCUUUGAUUUUAUUGACAGGCCUUCACUUUCUAUAGAGAUACGAGAGGAAGAGACAUAGGACUUUUAAUUCAUAGAAUUUCUUACUUUGUAAAUUUAGUAUUUUUCAUYUAAACACAAGGUGUCCAACAAAAACAAAUCUUGUUUUGAAUKCCAAGCACUAAAAGUGGCUACACAAACGUCUUUGGAAUGAUAAUAUAAGUUUUGGUAUUUAUUAGAGUAGUUCUUAUUUUGUAAAAAGUGUCUGUCUUUUUUAUUACCCCUUAUGAAUGUAUGCAAGAAAUACUCUUCAGUUAAGUACCAAUGCACAAGACAUUAAAAGAUAUAAGACUUUU